AUGGCCCAGCAAGGCCAGCCCCAGCCUCAGGGCGUGCAGGCUCCUGCUGCUCAAAAUCGGCCUCCAAUGUACCAGCCCGGCCAGAUCAAGAACCUUCCAUAUCUAAGCGAUGACGAGAAGACCAAAUACGAGCAAGGAUUGCGGGGCCUCUGGACCAAGAUGAAUGGAUCUCCAAACAACAGCUCGGACCAAAUUGCUGCUCGACAGAAGAUCAUAGAGUUCUCCAGAAUGCUGAUUACCAAGAUUCAACAACGAAGGACUCAUGCUGCCCAACAACAACAACAACAACAGCAGCAGCAGCAACAACAACCUCAAGCCAGACCACAAGUACAGAAUGCCCAAGCACCAACAGCGGCAACGGCUGCCGCAGCAGCAGCAGCAGCAGCAGCAGCACAACGUCCCAAGAUACCCGAAGCCUUCAUGCAACACGUUAACAAGAUGACAUUUCGGCCUCCAGUGCAGCUUGCUGAUAAAUCCGUCGAUGCUGCCAAGUGGAUUGAGGAAAUGAAGGAAAGAUAUGCUCGGGCUCUCAUGACUAUGGAAACAACUAAGAAUAAGGUUGCUAGUUGGGAAAAGCUAAUAACUGACCGGGCAGCUCAAGGAAACCCUCUCAAAGAAGAGGAACAGAGACAGAUUCAGCUGAGGAAGGAUCAACAGCUGAAGCUGUAUGCCGAAGCUCACAAGUGGGUGGAGGGCGUUCGCAAGCAGCAGGGGAGCCUUCAAGGAGUUGCCCAAGCACAGGCUCAUGCCAAUCAAGCGACUGCUGGCGCCGCCGGUGCUGCUCAUGCUGCUACCCAGCCCGGUAACGCUACUCCAGUCAUGCCAGCUGCCUCUCCAGCUGCAGCAGCUGUGAGCAAGCCUCAGAACAGCGCACAAAUGGCCAACAAUGCCGCUGCAGAGGCAGCCAAAAACCAGCAGCAGAUGGCUGGCGCAAGCACGGCCCGUCCCGAACGCUGCCGUCACGGGGCAACAGCAGCUGCAAGGUCAAUCGCAGAUGCAACCGCAGAUGCAACAACAGAUGCAGGCACCACAGCAGCCGCAGCAACCCCAGCAACAGAUGCAGAUGCAGAUGCAGCCGCAACAACAGGCACAGCUGCAACAACAGUCAAGACGGAACCACCGCGGCCCGCACCAGUCAACACCGCUCUCGCUUCGGCUGCUGCACAGGCCCAGGUUGCUCAACAGACUGCAUCUCCUGCUCAGGCAGCGGCACGAGUAGCAACCCCACAAACUGCAACACCCGUUGCUGGCCCAGGACAGCCAACACGAGCUCUCAGCCAUUCAGCGGCAAUGUCUCUCGCUAACCAGAGGGCGGCUGGAAGCACACCUGGAAGCGCACCACUGCCCAACCAGCCUGCAAACGUCAACACAGCUGCCGUUACGGCUACUACCACGAACCCAAAUAUGGGAGUAUCGGGAGCGCAACUGCAGCAGGGCCAUCCUCAUGCCCACCCCACGCAACAGCAGCCUACCGUCCAGCCUAGAAUGCCGAUCCCCAAGCAGCUACCAGAAAAGGCUACUGCAGUGCCCCAGGGAGUGGCCGUUGGCGGCGGCGUUGUCCCUGGACGGCCAACCAUGUCCCAGGGCGGCGGAACGGUGGGAGGUGUCAUGAAUCAACCAGCAGUGCCUAGAGUACCUGCAUACAACCACGACGCCGAGGGUGACCACGUUCUUAGCAAAAAGAAACUGGAUGAACUUGUGCGUCAAGUCUGUGGAGGAUCUGCAGAGGGCCAAGACGGCAACCUGUUGACACCAGAAGUAGAGGAGAGCGUUCUGAACCUGGCCGAUUCGUUUGUUGAUAAUGUUCUACACGCGGCAUGCAGGAACUCCAAGGAACGCGGCUCCAAGGUGCUCGAGAUACGCGAUAUCCAACUCAUACUAGAGCGAACUUACAACAUCCGUGUUCCGGGCUACUCUUCUGAUGAGCUGCGUACGGUACGCAAAGUUCAGCCCUCUACUGGAUGGAUUGCGAAGAUGAGUGCUGUGCAAGCUGCCAAGGUGAUGCCCGGAAAGGGCGAGUGA